CGCUGUGCAGCCACAUCCUGCUCCUUGGAUAAGAGGGUGCAAACUUAUACCUGAACAGUACUAUGGCCGAAUAUGAACUCCGGUUCUCGCCUGCAUCUCAAUCAGACACUGGCGCUUUCAAACUACUCGAGCUUCCACCCGAUCUCUGCAAGCUUAUCGAGGCUUCCGUCGCCAGCCUCGAUAAGCCUCCGCAGUUCACCAUCAAAGGCGCUCCAGAGGACGACGCCGUCCUGUGCACAGCGGACAAAACUUAUACCAUCCGCUCCGUUGUUCUCUCAAAUUCGGUCUGUGUAGUCACACCAGACCCCGCUGUGUCACACGUAGAAAAUGAUGAACCAGAACCAGUAGAGGAAGUCUUUAUUCGUGACCAGUUGAAUGAGGUCAUCGAACUUGUGCCCAGCGUUCCCCGCCUGUACAAGCUCAAGUUGCUCCUGCGAGGACAGGAGUAUGACGAGGGCCACGAAGAUGAAGACAUGGUCAGCGACGACGACGACGACACUACGUCCAGAAGACAGCGAUUCAAGUAUGAUGACGCGCGAGCCAUGAUCCAAGCCAGCGACGCUGAGCUGGACAAGGGUCUUCGCGACAGACGCGUGCUCAUGCUCAACGGCGAGCUCCGUCCAAUUGCGCUCUCACACCUUACAACGAUCCUCGAGCUCCUCCUCACCAAUCUCGUUUCCCUCUCCCUCUCGCACACAGCGGCGCCUAUCUUGACCCUCACCUCCUCCCUCGAGGACGAGCACGACAUCAAAAGGGACGUCUCCCGCCAGGUCAUGUCCUGGUUCGGUCGGUUUGACGAAGACGCGGGGACGUGGGAGAUGGACGUGAACGCUGUCAUUCGGGAGGUCGGCCUGGGCAUCUUGCGCGCGUACAGGAACGAGCCAACGCCAGAGAAGGCCUUCCUCGGCGAGUGGCGCAAGGCUGUCGGGGACACCUUCGAAGAACACGUCUCCCUCCCGCUCCUUGCCGGCAACUACCUCACCUCACCCGACACGCUCGCCGAUCCACCCACCUCACUUCUUACGUACUUCCCAUCCUCGGAACUGCCCGCCGAGCCCGGAGCGCGCUUCGUGGAGCUCUUCAUCGCGCGGCCGCGCUGGAAGAUCGAGGAGAUCGCGCCGUUCCUCGCGGACGUCGCGGUCGACGCGAAGGAGCGGGACAAGCUGCUGCUGAAACACGCUAGGACCGUUACGGACCCCGACGGGAUUUGGUACACGGCGAGGGCAAAGUACACUGGGUGAGCAUUGGAAGGAUUGCGUAGACGGUACGUGGACUGGGUCGAAGCGCUCGACUACAUACAGCAUGUAGCAAGAUCCUGGGGAUGUGGGUUGCGCAAGACAUAUGGUGUCGCAGGAUUGGUAGGGAGGUACAGUAAAGUACUGUGCAGCAUCCGUCUCUUACAGACAAUUAUCAUGAUAGAAAACAAAAUCAACAGCGCAGCGUAGCAGUCCGAGCCAAGGCUGCCAUCAUGAUGUAUCAGGUUAUUGCCCGCCCGCGUGUUAUUUGCGCCGCUGUUUCCGCGGGGGGUACUCCUCGUCGUAGUCCAUGUUCUCGUCCUCGUCGUCCUUUAUGCGACGCCCCUUCUUCUUCCCCUGCUUCCCUUUCCGCUCCGCGCCCUCCGCCGCGGCCUCGACGAGCACCCACAGAUCGCGGAUGAUGUCGGUGCGCAGUCGGAUGUCCGGAUGCUUCUUUCGGAUGUCCGUGCGCAGCUGGUAUAUUGCCUGCGCCUGAUCUUGCGCGGGCAGGUCCCGCAAGACGUAGAGUAUCACGCCGGUGAAGACGAACUCGGCUGGGGCGACGCGCUUCUGGAUGUCCUGGAACGCGAAAUUCAGCCUCGAGUCGUCCGCGAUGUGCCAGAACCUGCUCAGAAGGCUGCGGAUAAGGUCCUUGAAAUCCUCCUUCGGGGGGUCCAUGCGUGAAAGCCACUUGUCGAGGUUCUUGGAGAGCGGCUGCGAGUGCUCGGGGUACAUGUCGCAGCAGUACACGAGCCCGGCGAUGAGCUGGAAGUCCUGCCCGCGCUUGAUCGCGACGUUGAUCUUUUGCGUGAGCGAGUCUUCGAGGUAGACGUAGCGCGACUGUAGCUCCCCGAUCCAUUCUGUCCAUGGCGAGGAGAUCGCUUGCAACUUUUCUGCGGCUGUAAGCGCGACGCCGAGCUGAACCCUCUGGAAGAUGUCGCGCUCUAUCAAGUGUGGAAGCCCUUCGUACUCGACACACGUAAUGGUCUUCUGCGCGAAGAUUUCCUUAAAUUUAUCUGGUAUUUCUAAUCGUGACUUCUUGCGUGCAUUUGACCGAGUGUACCACCAGCUCUUCCCAGUUUCGUGAUGUUUGUAAGCAAUCUGCAAACAACAAUGUGGAUGUCAGUAUUACGGGAUAGUGACACAUCGGGACUUCAUGUGGCCCUGAAACCCAUCGCAUGUGACGGGAGCAGCCAAGGGCGAAGGGUUCCCUCAACUCUCUGGUGGCAAAUGCAGGGCGGACCUCUUGUUUGGGGCAGAGAGUCUUUUCGCCGGCGAAUCUUGCGGGAGGAGCGCAUGACUCACGAACAGCAGACGGACUGCUAGAAACGAGAAGGCGCGAUCGAAGCAAGGACUCACUUGUCCGUCGAAGAACCUCUGGAUGGAAGUUAAACGCUGCUUGCCGUCUACACAGCAUUUCACCUUCUCGCCCUCGUCGUCCGUAUACACCGCGAAUACGACAGGAGGUACGUAGUAGUUGCGGUAUAAUGAGUCAAGCAGCUUCAUCUGCUUGGCCUCGGGCCAGACGAUCUCUCUUUGGUAGGGAGGAUUCAGGUCAAUCACGCCUUCGUGGAUCAGCCCAUGCAGUUCCUUCGUGGUGUAGAACUUCACUUUUGGGGCGUUCAGACAUGUCCCGAGGUCGAACCUGUUCGGGUCAUGUUCAACCUCCUCCUCCACGAGCUCAUCCCAAUCGUCUUCCUCAUAGUCGCUCAUUGCAGAGGUACCCUUGCGGUCGGAGUUGACAGGCG